UCAUAGCAACCCACAUUACCCAGAGAGUAAUCAAACAACAGAAUAAACUCGGCUGCUACUUCUUUUUGCUGUCUGCUUCAGCAGUUAUUUAGCUACAAAUCGUAGUUCAUGUGGAAUUAUUCACAGACUUCGUGUUAAACGUGUAUUUUUCGUUUGAAAGCAGCAGAGGUUGUAUGUUCGCGUCAUCUCGCAGAGGAAAAUGUACGAGAUUUCACAACGUAUUUAUGUUGAAAGAACCCUGGCGAUCAUCAAACCUGAUGUGGUUCAUAAGUCCGAGGAGAUCGAGAAAGUCAUCCUGAAGGCAGGUUUUUUGAUCUUGCAGAAGCGCAGGCUGCUGCUGAGUCCUGAGCAGUGCAGUGAGUUUUACGCACACCAGUACGGAAAGCUCUUCUUUCCCAGCCUGACGGCCUUCAUGAGCUCCGGCCCCAUUGUUGUCAUGACGCUGGCUCGGCAUAACGCCGUCGCUCUCUGGAAGUCCAUGAUAGGCCCUGACAACAUCACCGUAGCCAAAGAAACAGAUCCAGAAUGCCUUCGAGCAAAAUACGGAACUUCUGACCUGAAGAACGGUCUUCAUGGCAGCGACACGUAUUCAGCAGCAGUGAGGGAGAUUAGAUUUUUUUUCCCCAGCACUGUAAUUGAACCCUUUCCGUCUAAAGAACAAACCGAGGAGUACUUGAGCGCGAACGUAAUCCCCGUUCUCCUACGUGGACUCACUGAGCUCUGUAAGGAAAAGCCUCUCCACCCCUGCAUUUGGCUUGCUGACUGGCUACUGAAUAAUGAUCCAAGCCAGCCUCAAAUAAAUGCGGGAAACAUUCUGGGAGGUGAAAAGUGACAGCCAGGGAGCAUGACUGCUAUUUUUUCCUUUUGUUUGUUUUUUGGCAAGUUCGUGUGUUCGGUAUCAUAUAUGUAAAUAUAUGGAUACUUGGUAGCAGUAAAGAGCUGUGUUGAUUUUCUCUUGUAGGUCAAAGAAUUCUUUCUGGCCUGUUGAUGUUAGUCAUUUAAAUCAAGCAGUGUGUUUACACUCCACAUCUAAAACAAUAUUGUGAAAUUAAAUAGAUUAAACACUGUAACAUAUUUUCAACUGACAUGGUUUUGCAAUAACUCUUUUUUAUAACCCUUGACAGAGCCUUAAAAUUACAAUAAAUUUCAUUAACUAAUCUCACUAAAACUAAAAAAAGAUUUUAAUCAAAACUCUAUGAUUAAUCCAAAUAGACUUUUUUUUUUUUUUUGCUGAAAUGCCUUAAGAUGACAUGUGUAGUGAAAGGAUGUUAUAUAAGUAAACUAUGUUGUAUUAAAAGGAAAACUAACCACCUUGAAACAUAACGGUUUCACAAUUAUGCCGGUUAACGUUAACAUGGUCUAGUCAAAUUCCUUAUUUAAAUCUCACUGAAAAUCAGAAGAAAGACUUAAAAAUUGGUUAACAUAUGCUCUCCAUCCAAUCUGACAGAGCUUUAUCUAUUACGCAAAAAAUGGUCAAAGUCUUCAGUCUCAAUGUUCACUUAACGCUUUGAAAAUGAAUUAUAAUUUUUCUACUGCUUCACAAGUUUGCACUGCUUUGUUUUGGUCUGUCAAAUAAAACCUCAAUAAAAUUAAGUGAAGUUUCUGU